AUGCCGUUUGGAUUGUGCAAUGCUCCAGCAACGUUUGAAAGGUUGAUGGAGCUUGUACUUAUCGGGCUAAUUGGAGAUGCCUGUCUGGUCUACUUGGAUGACAUCAUCAUCGUAGGCGGUACGUUUGAGGAACACCUUCAAAACCUGGAACGCGUGCUCAUGAAGAUCCAGAGUGCUAACCUCAAGUUGAGUCCGAAGAAGUGCUCACUAUUCAAACGGCAAGUUGGCUUUUUGGGGUGUGAAGUGUCGGAAGAAGGUAUCCGCACGGACCCAGAGAAAAUUGCCACUGUCAAGGAUUGGUCGGUUCCAAAAGACAAGACACAGGUUAGAGCAUUUUUGGGUUUGUGCUCUUAUUAUGGGCGAUUUGUGAAGAACUUUGCAGAUAUAGUCAUACCUCUGCAGAAGCUAACCGAGGAGAAGCGACAUUUCUGCUGGGAUGAAAGUUGUGAUAUUGCAUUCCAGAAGUUGAAGAACCGUCUGUGCAAAACACCUAUUUUGGGGUACCCUGAUGCGGGCAAGGAAUUUAUAUUGACACACACGCAAGUGAUAUAG